AUGUCUACCUCGACUUCGAAACCCUUCGGAGGAGGUCUCACAGGAGACCGCGUUGACCCUCCUCCCCCAAAGACGACCAAGAUGGUCAAGGACAAAGUGCCACUGAGCACACAUCUGAUUGCGGGUGGUACAGCUGGUCUGGCGGAAGCCCUUGUCUGUCAUCCCUUAGACACCAUCAAAGUCCGAAUGCAGCUUUCAAAGUCAAGAAAAGCUAGGGGCCUGAAACCUCUGGGAUUCUUUGCUACAGGUCGACAGAUUGCUGCUCGAGAAACACCUCUCGGUCUGUAUAAGGGUCUUGGGGCUGUUGUCAGUGGUAUUGUGCCCAAGAUGGCUAUCCGGUUUGCGUCAUUCGAAAUGUACAAGUCUUGGCUUUCCUCACCUGACGGCACAAUCACUGCCAAAGGCACCUUUUUGGCUGGUCUUGGUGCUGGUGCCACAGAAGCUGUUGCCGUUGUGACACCCAUGGAAGUCGUCAAAAUCAGACUGCAAGCUCAACAACACUCGCUUGCCGACCCUCUCGAUAUUCCCCGAUACCGCAAUGCCGCCCACGCCGCCUUCACAAUUGUCCGCGAAGAAGGUCUCUCUACCCUCUACCGUGGAGUUUCCCUCACCGCCCUCCGCCAAGCUACCAACCAGGGUGUCAACUUUACCGCUUACCAGCAGUUCAAGAAGUGGGCGACGGAUUACCAGCCGCAAUAUGCCGAGAGCGGACAGCUACCAAGCUGGCAAAUUAUGGUUUUGGGGCUGGUCAGUGGUGCUAUGGGACCGUUCUCCAAUGCGCCGAUCGAUACUAUCAAAACUCGUAUCCAAAAAGCUUCCAAGGCCGAAGGCGAGACUGCUCUUUCACGAAUGGUCACGGUCACAUCAGAAAUGUUCAAGAAUGAAGGCGCAAAGGCGUUCUACAAGGGUAUCACCCCCCGUGUUCUUCGUGUUGCUCCUGGUCAGGCUAUUGUGUUCACUGUGUAUGAGCGUAUGAAGAAGGUUAUCGAUUAUGCCAAAGGCACAGCUUUGGGCGAAGAGUACAACGAGUGA